CCUCCUCCGAACUCCGACGUUCUGCUUGCAGUAGUCAAAGCACGCAAGAGAGGAUAGCAGUGCCAGUCCAGAAGAUACAGAAAUACAUUCAGCGCAGUUUGCAGACAUUAUACGAUUCUUCGAAGCAAGUUUCUCUACCCCCCAGCUGCACCCCUGGUCAUCUUGCUGAGCAAUAUGAGUGCGGCCCAAGUCAAACAGUCCUUCCAGUCAGGCGGGAAAGGGAAUCCGUUCACAGGCACGGAAGGAAUCUAUCUUCUUCCUCAUCACAUCAAAGAAAUCGAAAGGCUGAGGACCCAGCAUAACCUCAUUCUUUCAGCGACCGGGAACACUCUGAUCACCGCACCGAUCAAAGAACCCAAGCCUCGUGUGCUUGAUUCGGGCGCAGCUGAUGGUACUUGGUUGCUCAAUCUUCGAAGGCUAUACCCGCAGCAUGAAUGGUCUCUUCAUGGUGUCGAUAUUGGCUCUGCACUUUUUCCGCCAAAGAGCGGUCCCUACGAGUCUCUCGAGCUCCAUGAACUCGAUGCCAGAGCUCCAGUGCCGCCCAGUCUUGGAUGGGAGGGCUCCUUUGACCUCAUCCACCAGCGUCUUCUGAUUUGGGGCUUCCAGAAGAAAGAUUGGCCUGCCGUGUUGAAAAAUCAACUUUCGCUCCUCAAGCCCGGAGGCUGGAUCCAGUUGGUUGAGAGCCAAUGGGUAGAUCGUGAUCACCCUUUCGACGCAGCUCAGUAUCCCAAUCUCGCGAAACAGACUACUCUCCAGAAAUGGAGCACCGAUGCAUUUGGUAUGGACAUCUUCAUUGCGUACAAUUUGGAGGAUCAUCUGAGAGAGCUUGGAUUCCAAAACGUCAGCAAACAGCAAUUCGAGCUCGGCUACGGCGCAAAAGCAAAAGAGGAGAGUUGGAAAGUUCCAUCCGCUGAUUUGUGGGUAAACACAUUCAGCAGCUUUGGAGAGCGAUGGCCCGAAGGCGGGAUCCCGGGAGUUGCGAAGACGAAAGAGGAGUUCUACCAAUUCUUAGAAGACUUGAAGAAAGAGGUGUUGGAGGUCGGGUAUGCGCCAAAAAUAAGCUACAUUAUUGGACAGAAGCCGCUGUAGAAUAGACUUGCCGUAGAGAAGCUCUCAAAUGGACACCGAGGCCUUCGUCUCUAGACUGUCAACGAAGCCGGCUUUGCUACUCAACACGCUACGCGUCUGCACGCUUCGCGCGUCUUCACGCUUCGCGCGUCUUGCGUAAUACACGGCAGGGAUCUACUCACUCAGCUGGAAUGUGAGAUAAUGCCAACAGUGUGCAGCUGCUACCACAACUUGCAC